AUGCCUUCGCAAGGAUCCCAGCAGCUUUCUUCCUCUCCUUUGUGUCUUUCAUUGCUCAAGUUUUCUUACGCCACAGUCUCUAACGAAAGUAUUGCUCCCAUCCCAUGGAUUCAUCUGUCCAGCAAGAACAGUCUCUUUGCUGUCUUCGAGACGAGCCCCGUCCAGCUGGAGGAUGGUCGUGUCGAGGCAAGACAAAAGUUCAAGGUGCUGCGUGAUCCUGAAAUAAUGGAAGAAUUGGAUCUCAAUGCUCUUUCGGCUGGAGCUCAACGUGCUAUGGCCCAAGUUCCGAAUAUCAUCUCGCCUCAAGUUCCGGAGGUCACUGUGAUUGUCAAGGUUCCGAUGAUUGCGAUCAAAUAUCCCAUGCAAAAUGGACAGAUCCGACGAUUUCAAAUCCGCUUUACCACGAAUGAAGAUUACUACGAGGCCAUGAAGAUGCUAUCUCGUGCCGACAUCCCUACAGUCGAAGCAGGCUCGUUUCCGAUUCAGAGACCCCAGGCAGCGCCACAACAUCCAUCAUCCAAUUUCCUGACCCCGAGUGAUUCUGCGUCUCAAAUUGGCAUGCCAACAGAAGGUCCAAUCUCGUACACGAACGGUCAACCAGAUCGUGUACCCGCGGCACCGUCGAAUUAUUCAACCUCUCUGUGUCGUGUCCAGCCAGCUUCAGCCGCACAAUCUUCAAUGGCGCCACCAAGUUACCUUCCUGUGGGAACGGAUUCCAACAAAUAUCGCCAACCAUUACAGCCGUCCAGGGUCGCCCAGUGGCCGAACGGGCAACUUCCCAAUGAGACUGUAGGCACACGAUCCAACAUCUCGCUAAGCACAGGCACAACUCUGGUCAGCGCUGCCAACCAGUCGGGUGCCUUUGGCAUGGCGACUCGCUACAGCAACAGGGCUACCACCCCAAAGCCACACACGCCUGGCUUCGCUGGGCAAGACCUGGGUCCCGACCCACCUCAACAAUCAGUGACAUCUCCGGUGAUAGAUGAGCAUGUGGGACUUGUGCUUCCUCCGAAGCGGCAACUUCCAUUCCGGAAAGUAUCGAAUACUGCUACCCAUGAUCGCCAGGAGACAGAGAUUGAUGGCCCACGAGAAGUAGGCAAUGAUGAGGCAGAAUCGGUCACCUCGACAGUGGCAAAAGGCAAGCGAAAACGGGGCGCCACGCAAAAGACAUCGAAACCUCCGGCAGCCAAGAAACCUCGAGCCACAACAAGGCCAAAAAAAGCCAAUGCGAGCUUGGCUAAGGACGACACGCCUGUACCGACCGUGGAGGAACUGCUUCAGCAACGAGAUGACCAUUUACAACGACGCACCAGACAUAGGGGAGGGGGUAUCUCCGGUGCCCAGGAGUCCCAGGCUCAAGUCAAGAAUGCCCAAUUGAUGGAAAUACCAGAAUCAGACGCCUAUUCGCCUAUACAACCAGCAGGCGGCGGCGUCGCCAGUGCCAGUCCAUCCCUUGGAGAUGCAGGCGUCACCAGACGCAUAACAAGAUCUACUUCCAAGUCGCUCGCCUGCAUCCCUAGCGACCGUAGACAGGACGAGACAUAUGGGGACGUUGUCGACAAGGGCUUACCAUGUACGCCUGCUGACCAGAUUGUGAUACCUUUGACACCGGCUUGUCCAGCUGCUGCUACGAACAAGUUGCCAAUAGCACUACCCGCGUCACCACCACCGUGCCGCCCAGAAACCGCGUCGAAGCCGGCCAGAUCCAAUCAAGCUCGCACCAGCAGAUCCUUCACGUGCGCUGAUCCAACACAAUCAUCAGCAGCAGCGCAAGUAGCGCACGCAGCAUCGUCAUCAUCUGACAUCGGGACCCUCGGCCACGCGCAAGCAUGCCUCGAGUCAGAUCCACAAUUCGCUCAAGGCAAGCAAAGGCUUCAAAUGUGGUCUGACUUGCCGCCUGCCACGAAGGUGCCGGCGCUGAGAUCCUAUUUCUGUCGCCUCAUCAUGGACCCCAACUUUACUGAUUUGUGCAAAUCCCUGAGCUCGUUCUGGGAGAAGGAGAUCUUGGACCGCCGCAUCGAACAACCAUCCGGCCUGGAAGACGGCGGUAGAGGGAGAGACACGGCGAGUAAUGUGUAG